UUUUCCAUUGCCCAAACAAGCCAUUUCUCUCUGUUUUUUGAAACUCUGCUUUGGGGAAAACGACGACCAUUCUUUAACAAGUGGGUUCUGGGAAUUCCAUUAUCGUCCUUGUCCAACACUUUGUUUGAUGGGACUGUUUGUAUCCCUUCAGCACUUCCUUUCACUCGAGCAAGCACCCCUGUUCCUGUAUUGUACCAGUCUUUUGGCAGCUACACCGACCAAAAAUAUGAUGUCUCAUCCUAAGUUAGGAGCACAAAUAAUGGCACCCCCCCAUGUUCUUUAAUUCCCACUUCUCAUAAAACUAUUUAAAGUGUUUCUUCUUUUUCCUUGAAUACUCUCUUUCAAGCUUUCAAUCCUGCAUUUACUCUUCAAACCCCACAACCAAUUUAGGCCCCACCCCCUCUAUCGCCUCAUCUUUCACUUACUCCCCAACCAAUCCUUUAUAUGUAUAUAAAUACACAUCCUCUGUUGCAAAGAAUAUGAAUAUGAUAUUCUUUUUUAUUGACAUGAUGAAGAAGGAGCAGCCAUGAGAGGUUGCCAUGAGACUCGCUCUUCUUCUUCUUGUGCAGCCUGCAAAUUGCUCAAGAGAAGAUGCACUCCCACAUGUAUAUUUGCGCCUUAUUUUCGGUCUGAUGAGCCUAAGAAGUUUGCCAAAGUUCAUAAGGUUUUUGGGGCCAGUAAUGUGAGCAAGAUUCUGACUGAGGUGCCCGAGGAGCAGAGAGAGGACACUGUGAACUCCUUGGCUUAUGAGGCUGAGGCCAGGCUGAGGGACCCUGUUUAUGGCUGCAUCGGUGCCAUAGCUCUGUUGCAGACUAAAAUGGUGGAGCUUCAACAUGAUCUUGCCAUUGCCAAAGCUCGUCUUGCUCGUUAUGCUGAUUCUGAUCAUAAUUAUAGCACCUUUUCUUCUUCUUCUUCUUCUUCUUCUUCUAUGGGUGUUUUGGAAAAUUGUGUUGUUAAUAUGCCUUAUGGUGGAUUGAGCAUCGCUGCAGGGCAGAGCUCUUCCGCAAUCACCCAAUAUGGAUAUUUAUGUGACUUCACCCACUUUCCUUAUCCAUCUAAAGCUUGAUACUUUGAGCUCUGUCUCUCUGUCUCCCUGUCUCUAUCAUCAGGGUUUGAUGAAGAUUUUCAUUUUUUUGUUUCUGUAUAAAGAAUCCCAACUUGAUUGUAGUUGAGAAUUUCUUGUUUUGA